UCUCUUUCCUAGUCUUGAACGUGAUAAACAUGGCCGCGCUAGGUGCUGCUCGGUGUCUGUUUAGGAACUAUUCUCGGGUAAAAAAUGUCGAUCAAAAUACACGAAUACUUAUCGGACGUAGCAGGAGGAUGCUGUGCACCUCAUCGUCGAACAGCAGUUCUCCAGAUGCACAUUCAAAGCCUCAGUUCAAAGAUGCCGAGGUCCAGGACAUCCUAACCAGAAUCACAGGCUUGGAUCUGGAGAAGGUGUUCAGACCCAUCAAACAGGAGAUGAAGCCCCCCACAUACAAGCUAAUGACAGACACCCAACUGGAGGAGGCUACACAGCAGGCCAGAGAGGAGGCCAAGAAGCUCCUAAAGAUGCCCCCGGUGUUACCAGAGAGAAAACCCAUCCACGAUGUACUCUCUGAGGAUAUGAUUCUGGAAGGCAUGGACACAGCCAAAUACAUCUUCACCGACAUUACCUUCAACAUACCACACAGGGAGCGGUUCAUAGUGGUCCGGGAGCCCAGUGGGACUCUGAGGAAGGCGUCCUGGGAGGAGAGGGACAGGAUGGUGCAGGUCUACUUCCCUAAAGAGGGCCGCAGGCUGAUGGCACCUCCCAUCUUCAAGGAGGAAAACCUCAAGUAUGUGUUUGGACAGGAUCGUCAUGUGGAUUUGUUGGAUCUCUGCCAGGUCCAGUUUGAACCAGACUCCUCAGAAUACAUCAGGGUUCAUGCAGCAACUUAUGAGGAUCUAGAAAAGCAGAGAAAGUAUGAUCUGCUUCGCUCUACCAGACAUUUUGGAGGCAUGGCCUGGUUCCUGGUCAACACCAGGACGGUUGACGGACUCAUCGUAGACAUGUUGCAGAAAGACCUGUUGCAGGAUGCUGUGAGUCUGGUGGGUCUGUUCAACAUGGUCCAUCCACACAGCGAGACGGCCAAGGAAAGCUCCAGCCAGCAGGCCUCGGGUCUGGACCUGAUCAAGAUCUACGCCAAGCGAGAGUCUCAGCGGGCAGGGUACAUUGAGCUGGCCUUACAGGCCUAUGAACAGAUCUCUGCAGAAGGCUCCGUCUGACCGUCCCAACCAGAGGAACGAACUGAUGGAGCAGUCACGUGCGACGACCUGUCUGUCCACCCAACGUUUUAUGAGCUGGAUAAAGUCAGCUAGCAAGAGAAGAACAUUCUUUGAAACAUGGACCUCAUUGCAAUCCAAGCCUGCACUGACAUUGAAUAUCAUCAACAUGGGCGCAUGUUUACAAGCCUUCAGUCCUGUGGUUUGAUGGAAGGGCACACACUGUAUGGCAAAUAUUCCCUGUAUUUCAUCGUUCCUUUUUGUUUGUGCAUUACGUUAUCACACUCUCAACAUUGGAGCUGUAAGAUGUUUCAUGGUCAAGAUUUAUGUAUAUAAAAAUUCAAUUAGUGUUUAUAUACUGUUUUAAUAUGACAUUUUCUGAAUGUUAACACUGCAUCUUUAUUUAGCAGAUAAAAAAAAUAAUAAUAAUU